AGCAAGUUCCACUUUUCAAAUCAUGGAGGCAGAACAGAUUAUGGAGGGACAGCCACAGGUUCCAGAAAAUCCCCAUUCUGAAUACGGUCUCACUGAAAAUGUAGAGAGGAUAGUAGAAAAUGAGAAAAUAAAUGCAGAGAAAACAUCAAAGCAGAAGGUGGAUCUUCAGUCGUUACCCACACGUGCCUACUUGGAUCAGACAGUUGUACCUAUCUUGCUACAGGGACUCGCUGUUCUUGCAAAAGAGAGACCGCCAAAUCCCAUUGAAUUUCUAGCAGCAUAUCUUUUAAAAAACAAGUCACAAUUUGAGGACCGAAAUUAACUCCAUAAAAAUGAGGACAAUUUGGCUGCUAGACUGAAAUGCUCAUUUGCCGCAAUUCAUUUUCUGCUGUAAAAAUCUUUUGGAACCGUCAUGUUGUCUUUCUUAAUCGCACAAUUUGCUUUACCUUUUGAGUUAUUUAAUAAAGAACACUUUACAUUUAAUUUGUUCACUUGUUUUAAACUAGCUGUUAAGAGACUUUCAAAAUAAAGUACUGAAACUGCA